UGUUGCUGCUGCUGCUGCUAUCGCCGCCGCUGCUUCCGGCUGGAAGGGGACUCAGAGUGCAGAGUCAGCUGGGCAGCAGGAGGCGGAGGCGCGCGCGCAGGAGCAGGACUUGUCCUUUGACAUCAGCUGGGCAGAAGAAGCCAAGUCCUGCACUGUUGAACUUGCUGCCAUGGGGAACAUAUUUGGCAACUUGCUGAAGAGCCUGAUUGGCAAAAAAGAGAUGCGAAUCCUUAUGGUGGGUCUUGAUGCUGCUGGGAAAACCACCAUCCUCUACAAGCUCAAACUAGGAGAGAUCGUCACCACUAUCCCUACUAUUGGGUUCAACGUUGAGACAGUUGAGUACAAGAACAUCAGCUUCACUGUAUGGGAUGUCGGCGGCCAGGACAAGAUACGGCCCCUCUGGCGACACUACUUUCAGAAUACCCAGGGUCUGAUCUUUGUAGUGGACAGCAAUGAUCGGGAACGAGUAAAUGAGGCACGUGAGGAACUGAUGAGAAUGCUGGCAGAGGAUGAGCUGAGAGAUGCCGUUCUCCUUGUCUUUGCUAACAAGCAGGACCUUCCCAACGCCAUGAAUGCGGCAGAAAUCACAGACAAGCUGGGCCUGCAUUCACUGCGCCAUCGUAACUGGUACAUCCAGGCCACCUGCGCCACCAGCGGAGAUGGCCUCUACGAGGGCUUAGAUUGGCUGGCCAACCAGCUGAAGAACAAGAAAUGAGUGCAGGAGGGUGGUGGGCUAAGCCCCUCACUGUUGGUUCCAUUUUGGGUUGAUCCCCUCCCUCCAGUCCUCUUCUUGUCACACCCUUUCUUCCCUCUUGGGUUUGCUUUU